AUGGAUUCUUCUGGCACAGACGCGCAAGAAAAAGCCUGGUCCGACAUACAAGCCUUCCUCGACAAGGCCGCUGCCAAAGAAGACAACCGAGGCUGGGACCUCCCCGCUUUAAGGGCGACCAAGCUCGUAAAAGUGGCGUCAGGAAUGGCGGAAUUCGAGUUCACAGUGACAGAGCAAUUGUGCAAUCCAAUGGGGAUAUUGCAUGGCGGCUGCGCAUCGACAAUACUGGACAUUCUGACGUCGUUGGCGACGCUUACGGUGCCUGGUAAUGACGGGAUGGUUAGAGCGCUAAGUCGGACUUUAACGAUGACGUUUUUGAGACCUGUGCCGGUGGGUACAAAGACGAGGAUUGUGGUUGAAUUGGUGGCUAUGGGGAGGAAAUUUGUUCACUGCAAGGGGAGCAUUUUGACAAUGGAUGGGAAGAUUUGUGUUGGCUGUGUGCAUGAUAAAGCUGUGGUACAGGCAGCGAAUCUGUGA